CCGGCGGGCGAGGCUGGGGGCCCCGGAGAGCGAGCCGCAGGGCGGAGGGCGGGCGCGAGCGCGGCGGGCGGCGGCGGCGGCCGAAGCGCGGCGGCGGCGGCGGCGGCCGAGAAGAUGGCGGACGGCGACAGCGGCAGCGAACGCGGCGGCGGCGGCGGGCCCGGCGGCUUCCAGCCCGCGGCGCGCGGCGGCGAGCAGGAGACGCAGGAGCUGGCCUCGAAGCGGCUGGACAUCCAGAACAAGCGCUUCUACCUGGACGUGAAGCAGAACGCCAAGGGCCGCUUCCUGAAGAUCGCCGAGGUGGGCGCGGGGGGCUCCAAGAGCCGCCUGACGCUGUCCAUGGCGGUGGCCGCCGAGUUCCGCGACUACCUGGGCGACUUCAUCGAGCACUACGCGCAGCUGGGCCCCAGCAGCCCGGAGCAGGUGGCGGCGGCGGCGGCAGGCGCCGAGGAGGGCGGCGGGCCGCGGCGCGCGCUCAAGAGCGAGUUCCUGGUGCGCGAGAACCGCAAGUACUACCUGGACCUCAAGGAGAACCAGCGCGGCCGCUUCCUGCGCAUCCGCCAGACGGUCAACCGCGGCGGCGGCGGCCCCGGGCCCGGCGGCCUGCAGAGCGGCCAGACCAUCGCGCUGCCCGCGCAGGGCCUCAUCGAGUUCCGGGACGCGCUGGCGAAGCUCAUCGACGACUACGGCGGCGACGACGACGAGCUGGCGGGCGGCCCGGGUGGCGGCGCGGGGGGCGCGGGCGGCGGCCUGUACGGCGAGCUCCCGGAAGGCACGUCCAUCACUGUGGACUCCAAGCGCUUUUUCUUCGACGUGGGCUGCAACAAGUACGGCGUGUUCCUGCGCGUGAGCGAGGUGAAGCCGUCCUAUCGCAACGCCAUCACCGUCCCCUUUAAGGCCUGGGGCAAGUUCGGGGGCGCCUUUUGCCGGUACGCGGACGAGAUGAAGGAGAUCCAGGAGCGGCAGAGGGAUAAGCUGUACGAGAGGCGCGGCGGCGACGAGUCGGAGGGCGAGGAGGUGGACGAGGACUGAGGCCGCCGCUUCCCCCAUGGGCCCCCCCGCCCCCCCCCCCACCAUCCCCUUGGCUGGAGAGCCCCCUUCCUGCUUUUCCCCAGGGGGCUAGUGGAAGCGGGGCAAGGGGGCCCCGUCGGGAGCUCACAAAGUUCAAAAACAGAACAGUUCAUUGAAAGAAAUAACUACAAGAGAACCAUCGCGGACAAUUCGAGGAAAGCAGCAAAGUUCCGAGGAACUGACCCCGACCAGCCUGCAGAACGGAGGCAGACGGCCUGAGCGAAGGCUUCUCGGUUUCCAUCGUUUCCAGCCGGGGCACGUGACCCGGUCAGGGCAGCCCUGCAGGGGCACAGAUCCCCUCGUGCCCGGGGCCAGGGAACACUCGGAUUCCCCAAACCCAUCCGAGACAACUGCUUUUGUGUUCUACCCGGGGGUCCUGGCCUGACGAGCUCACCGGGCCUCAGUGCUGUGGGGUCGGUCUCCACCUCUAUUGAGAUCAGCAUAUCUAGGUCUUCGUGGAAUUCUUGAGAAGAGAGAGGCCUUGGUCUCUGCCCCGUUCUGAGGGUGCAGGUUUCGUGAAAAGGAGCGCGACUUCUAAUAAUCAUGGACAGGGCAGAAUGAGAAUUCAGGAAGCCACCAGGGAAUAUAGAAAGAAAUUGGGUCCAUUUCGUCUAAAAUGGUUUUGCGUGGAACCAGGACCAGUGUCUUUGUCUCUUUGUGGCUUUGUUUUCCUGGAUGCCAAGGGAUUCAGAUGUCAUUUCUGCAACUAGAAUCUGUUACUAAAGGAUUUUAGAAGUUGGCCAAGGGUUUUUUCAGAGCCAAGGGUUGUUUUACAUUGGGGGUUGCUGAGGUGGGCACAGGAAGAAAUGUGACAUUAAGCACAAGGACUGUCGUGAGUGGCUUAGUUGAUGCUCACUGAAGUCCUUCCCCUGGUUUCCAGGCACAGAGGUCCUCACCAUGAGAUGGCUUAGGGGUGAAUGAGAGCCAGAUCCCUGUGGCUGUUUCACCUGAGCCACUGAAUUAUGGCUAAUUCAGCUGUUUGGGCCACUGGUUGACUGGAUUUUCAACUUGAAGAUAAAACUUGAAGAUACCUACAAAAGGAACAGUGCGGCUGCAAGCCUGAGCUUUAAUGGAAUAUACGUCCUCACAGAAAAGUUGGAAAUAACCAAAACUGAAGUCUUCACCUACCUUCAGUUCCGUCUGUGGAUUUGUUGAAAUACUAAAGAUCCUCAGGUCCAGAAUUCCAGCAUCAUUUUUUUCUUUCUAAAGUAAAUUUUUAAGAACUCGAUCCAUUGUUUCAGUACCUCCCGAUCAAAGUUGGCAAAUGAUGGAUGAGAGUGAUUGGAGCAGUGCGCCCUUUAGAAGCUGAAAUCCAUCGGGGUGGAGAUGAAGGGAACGUGCAAUGCUGACCGUGUCCCGGAAGCAUUUUUCUACCAUCUUGAAAUUUCAACAGACUGGCCUUCGCCAGUUUAUCCAGCUGUUUUUCAAGAAUAAAAGUUGGGGUUUUCAAGGAUCGCCUCUUCUAUAUUUUAAAUGGAUUUUCAGUAGAAAUGAUUUUUACUAAUCAAGUACAUCCCUCCCCAUCACCAAGGUAUUCCUAGAAGUGGCACAGACCUAGGCGACUUGGAAUUGAACGGGAGCUAACGUUCUUUCCCAAGUUUGUAGCUGUUCUUUGGGUAACACCUUCUCAACCAGGAGGCAAGUAACCCCACCUCCACAAUCUUAGUAUUUUUCUUUUUUAACUGCAUGCCUGCCUUUAAUCUGAGCUGCCAUUUAAUUUAUUGCAUACCCUUUAUUAUCUGAGUUUGGUAUUAUUCAAUCUAUACAAUCUUUUUGUAUUUAUUGGGAAAUAAGUAAUCUACAAAAAGGUCAUCUUCAUGCAUCGUGGCCGAGAGGGAGGGAAAGAACUGUACAUAAAAUUAGGCUUUUUUUAAAAAAUUAGACUAUGAUUCAGAAUAUUGUUGAUCUUAGGGUUUUUUUUUUUUAAAAAAGUGGAAGAGCCACAAACAUUGGUGCCCUUUUCAGACUAUUUCUCUACUCUCAUCCUCCACAGUAGACUUUUUAAACGGAUUUUUUUUAAAGCUUUUCCUUUUUUUAAAAAACUUUCUCCGUCGCAAAGAAUGUUUCCUAAAUUGUAUGGGAGCAAUAGUAUUUUUGAUGUUUUAAGGACAUCCGUAUAUACUCGUACUGUAUUUUGUACCACAAGGCAGCUGUUUUCAAUAAUGUCCUGCUGUAUUGACCUGUGUGUUUUGAGUGUUGAUUUCUUUGCUGCGGAGAACAGAUCCCUAAGCCGUUUUAGGAAGGGCGCGCCGCGAAGCCGGCGUUCGAUCUGGAGAAGCUGUUGCGGUUUCCAGCUGGGAGGCAGCAGGGAGAAACCAGGUUGCAGCCCUCCGCUCACUGCUGUGACUUGUUCAUUCUCACACCGUGUACAGUUCCCGUUCAGACCAACUUGUUUUGCUUCGGUGGUGGCUCCGUUGCGCAGCGGCAGCGAGCCCGUUCGAUUUUGCUAAGGUGCAGUACCUCCCCUUUGCAAGGGGCUGGCGCAUUUUUCCUUUUCUUUUUGUUUGGCUGAAUUGCAGUAACUGGCCUUGCCCUUCUAGUCUGUAGAAGUGACAGGGUCUUCACAGUCCUUCACCAGUGGCUCCUAAGCUAUAAUUAGUUGAAUAGAAAGAAUGUGGAAGUGGUCUGAGGCGUAUAGAACAUAUGCCAAGAACACUACCAUAUAUGGCAUCAGCUUUGGUUACCAGAGAAAUUUUCUUAGUCAUUAGACCAUGUAACAGUAAUAUAUCAUAUGUAAAUCUUUAGAUACCAAUUUGAGAAUCCUCCAAAAAAAGGAGCAAAGAAUGCAUAAGCUAUGUGUUGGAAAAAGUAAUUUAUAUUAAAAUUUUGACCUGCCUAUGUAAGAUUAAGUGGUAAACGUCAUAGUGGUGGGUUUGUAAGUCUUAACCGAUCUCUGAGGUUAGUUUGUCCUGCAGGAGUGGCUCCCGGCCUCUCUCUUCACUGCAGGGAGAUGACAGAAGGGUGUGGGUCGGUUGUAGCAUUUCGCUGACCCCCACUGCACGCACUGUUCUGGGGCAGUAGAAGUCCGCGGGUCAGAGAGACCGCUCUUUUGAUGAGUGGCCGGGUACCGAGGCCAGAUUUCAGAACUCGUUCAGAAGCAGCGCUUAGCAAAGGAAAUCUGUUAAUUCCGAUUAGAAAAUGGCAUUACAGACUCUGGGAAACAACCAGAUUUUUGUUGUUCUGGUUUUCAUCCUCUACUAUGAACAGUGAUGUAGAGCUCGUCCUUCCACCUUGGCAAAACUCCCAGCUGAUCACAUGUUCAAAACAGUCCGGUUUCUAAGAAGCGGGGAACGAGGAUCCCUUCUGCGGCUGUGGGCAGAGUGUUUCUCAAGCCGGUGCCGCGUCGGCCCGAGCAGUCCAGUCGCUGGAACGGUGGAAUCAAAAGAGCGAAACUGCGUGGCGACAUCCCGCCGUCGCCUCGUGGUUUCUAUGGUCCCCACUCUGGUUCGAGUAGGGGGACGGUUCUAGUCCGCGGAGAAAGCCUUCAGUGCAUUUACUGCACAGAGCGCCACGGGACUAUCCAUGGCACCCAGAACUCACAGUGGAAGCCCAACGGGAAGCGCAGACACCCUGAGCUGCGGUGGGAGACGUGGAGUCGGUCAGGAGGGCUGUGGCCGUGACACACGGCUGCUUGUCAGGUCACUUUCCACAACAGUUUGCCGCCUGCCUGCCGGGGGAGGGGCUGGGGGUGCUGCAGGGGGUGCGGGUGGCCCGGCCCCUCCCUCGCCUGGCAGUCAAUUGCAGGUCUUUCAAAGAGACGCAAGCUUCACUUUUCUCAAAACAAAACAGUUGUCCUGUCUUAUCUGAAACGAUGCAGGGUCGUGGGCAGAAGAGGCUGGUUAUAGUGCCCUCAUAUUGAGUGGUCUGAAAACGGCUGCACACUUCAGGCUAGUUGUUGAGGAUGCUUUGUUCCGUGUGACCUUGACCGGCCCUCAGUGUGUGAGUGUUGGGGGGGUAGCUGACCUGCACAAGGUGUCGAGACGGAACUAUCCCUGGGCGUCCGCCUUGCUCUGGAGGCGGGCAGCCUUAGGGGGAAGCUUGAGUGUGUCAGCCACGCACAGAAUUCUUCACUGUAAAUUUUGUUUUCAUUUUUAACCCACUUUGCGGUACUUUGUCCAAUGCACAACUGAUCUCUCAGUAGAUAUUCAUUUGCAAAUAGCGUGGCCUUGAUCAGUGAGAGGGAAGGAGGGAAGUGACCUCCGGUGCGGGUGCGAAAGGGGCUCACCGAGAGGCCUUGCUCGGGCCACUCUUGGCGUUGGAUGCGCAUGUGGUCCGGCUCCUUCCCACCUGGGGAACGUUCCUGGUUUGACCCUGGAGUUUCAAUUCAAUUGAGUUGUCUUCUGUUUUUAGGAAGGAUCAGAAUUGCUCUGAUAAGUAACAAAGUUGACUGCUUUGGUGUCCAAUCUCAGGUUUUAGAAUAGGGAGAGUGGUGUAAAGUGCCACUGUUGACUCUGAAAACAGUUUUAAUGUAGUACACCCUAAAAGUCACAUGCAUGAGGCCUGUUCAGAGAGCAGAGCCUCCCGCCGUUUUGCUCCUUUUCUACUUUGUACUUCACUUGAGAAAGUGUCGAGUGAUCUUACAUUGUAUAUUUCCAUUGGAACCCCGACAUAUUUCUCAAAGAUAAAGCACUUUUUGAUAAUGAAAUUCAUGGGAUCUUCGUGUGAUGUAGAACAUGGUUUCUCAGGCUCCCUUAGAUAAUCUUAUGGAUAUUGUUCUGUGUAAGAAGAGUGAGAAUCUUUGCUAAUGUUAGGAAGUUUGUAUUACUGAUCCAGAAUGCAUUCUGCUAGCUUCCAGUCGAUGGGAGAGUAAACAAUGCUGCAUUCACAAUUUAAUAAGUUACUUUCCCUUAAGCCUUAAGGUAACUUUUUUUUUUCCUGCCAACAACAGCACUGAAGUUAGAGUAAGUGAAUGAGAUGAUCCAUUUUCAGGGUUGGUUUUAGAGUACUGUAAAUCCACGAACUGUCUUCCGAAACAUACGCUGUCCCCCUUGAGUAACCUAGAUAAUGGGCACAUGGGCGGCCUGGGGGAUAGGUUGUAGAAAAGAAAAAAGAAGGAAAACCACAUUUACCUAAGAAAAAUACACAAGAAGUGCGCGUCGGCGCCCCGUUUUUGAAAUUGGAGAUAGAGGGCGGAAAUGGCAAACUAGAACGUCACUUGCCCAGUUUCUAAAUCUAGGAAAGCAAAGUCAUUGAUUUUCAACCCCCCCCCCCCCCCGCAAAGUUUCCAUAGCUCACUCGGGGACAGUGAGUUCUUUUAUCCCAGUUCCCGAGGUAAAGUCACUGUUCCUGGUCCUUGGUCUUAAAAUGAAGUUUCUUUACUGAUGGCUUCAGCAGACCAUUCUUUGAAUAAAUGUGGGCCAGUUGUCAGGGUGAAAAUCUGAUUGGGAAAGUGAAAACAUGAUAAAGGCGUAUCAUGAAGACUGAGCACUCUGGCACGUUCCGGGUGAUGCCCCUUACCCGUGACCCAAGUCAGACUUCGAUGAAUGUAUUCUGAGUUUCCUGAGGAAAUAGGGACUGUGCCGUCAGCGUGACCACCCUUGUUCACCAUCUCCCUUGUGUUGCAAUUCUGGCUCCUGCCUUUCAAGUCAGAUGUGCGGGUGGGACUGGCCAGGCCCCGCUCUAACGGCGCAGCUGCCGCAUGGGUCAUCCCCUGCUCCGUGGGCCCCUCGUCGCGGGAGGAACGAAGCUUCAUUUGAAGCCAAGUGGGGGUUCUCCCCCGUGGGGGUGUGCCAGCAGACGGUCUGAUGAGGGGGCCUGGCUGUACUUAAGCGAGCUUGAGGUCGGGAGUCCAGGAGCAAAUCUCGGGGGCCCUGUGUGUGAGAGGUCUGCGGACCCCGACAAGGGAGGGUCCACUGUGUCGGUCGGGGGUGACCUGGAGGCGGUCCUGCUGAGGGCAAGCGGGAGAGCCCCUUCGUGCUGCCUGUGUGCGAGUGUGUCUGUCUGUCCUGCCUCUGGGAGGUCCAGCGGCAGACUGCAUCCCCGGUGUUCUUGGCGUCGGCAGAUUGGGCUGUUCAGAACGGCCUGGCUGGAAACAAUGGCAGAGGGAUGUUCCUUCUCUUUUUAAAUUCCGUUUUCAGAGACACAACUGCAGGGAGAGGCCCAAGAACACUGCAGGACCAGACUCUCUAGAAGCACGUGUGUCGUAGGCGUCAGGCGGUUUUCGCUGUUCAUUGCUCGGACACAAGGCCUGGACCCGCAGGGCACCCCACGCACCAAGGCUUUCCGGCCUGGGGGAGUUCACGGGGUUGUGCAAGCCCGAGCACGGGGCGCGCUUCUCGAGCCUCACCCCACCGGCUGCGGUAGCAGGAGGCUGUUGCCCUGGGUCUUCUGCAGCGACCCUCAGUGCUGGGGGGAUCACCGAGACCGUAGGUGUCGUUGAACAGCUUGGUGGGGAUUGAGUCUUCCUUUUGCUCCUUCAUGCAAAUGUUUUCCCAGGAUCAUUCCUGAGUCCAUUUGUCUCCUGAUCUGUUUCCAGAGGCACAGCUUCUGGCCUGCAGGAGCCCUCCACGCCGGCACAGCCCCCGGCCUCCUUCCGCUAGACAGUUCACUCCGAAGUCGGGGCUGGGGUCCUGCCCGCAGGGACUCUGCAGAAGUCGUUCAAAAUGAUGUAAAACCAAAUCUUGAUGGCAGGAGACUGAGCUUCCUGAUCUAGACAGACAACUAGGUACUUAAAAAGGGGUCUGGGGGCGUCUUCCGUCUCUGUAAAUACCCACAUGCUUGUGCGUCGUAAACCAAGUGUGUGUUCCCGUGUGUGAAUUUAUAGAACUGAUUUCUGCUUCAAGAGAAGCUGCACCUUUAAUUUUGUAAGGCCCCUUCCACCCGUAACCCUAUAAAUACUUGUAAAUAGAACGCCGAAAUUUGUAGCGAUAGGAUCAACUUGGGAAUAUCUGCUGAGAGACCAAAAAGUUCAUUUUUUUAAGUACCUUGGUUAAAGAGUAAAGAUUAUUCCUCUUAUUUUUUAAAAGAAGAAUGCACUUUAACAGCUGCAUGGGCAGUUCAGAGCCCGUGAGGUGCAGUGCCGUUCAGAAAUCACACUUCCUGGAAACCGUUCAGAAGCAGAGUGUAGACGGGCUGUUGCGCUCACGGCCCAGAGGCGGAAGCUUGGGUGCCUGCCGGUGUGGACGCCAGCGAGGCUGCCACGUGGGCAUGGCCGGAAGCUUCCGACGGGCCUGUGACCGGCGGGUCCCGUGCUGACCACUAACUAGCAAAACUGACAGAAACACAGAGCCCAGAGCUGAAGAGCCCUUACUGCUGGUGUGCACUCCUCACCAUUGCAGACUCCGCAAAUGGAGUUUUACAGUCUGUAUUUAAAAAUUGUAUGUUUGUAACAAAUAAAGUAUGCAGAAAAGUGAA